ACAAAAUGGCUGCYAAGAAUGUACUUGUAAGGUAUUUGGGUAAAAUCCCUUACCUUGAGGGCUUGGCGGUUCAAACAGCAUUACAAAGRCAACACUUAGACUAUUUAAAAGACMMUUCUUCGAUAAAACCUAGAAAUACUAUUCUAAUUUGCGAACACGACCCGGUAUACACGAUUGGUAUUAGAAAUCAUACAAAUCAAGAACAAAUCAACAAACUUAAAUCCCUUGGUGCCGAGUUUUAUUCUACAAGACGAGGAGGACUUAUUACUUUCCAUGGACCAGGUCAACUUGUUUGCUACCCAAUAUUAAAUCUAGGGGAUUUCAAAAAGAGUAUCCGAUGGUAUGUUGCACAAUUAGAGGCAAGCUUAAUCAAAACUUGUCAAAAGUAUGGUGUUGAUGCGGGCGUUACUUGUGACACUGGGGUUUGGGUUGGAGAGAAGAAAAUUGCUGCUAUAGGUGUAAAGACAAGCCGAUGGAUAACAAUGCAUGGAAUUGCUUUGAACUGUAACACUGAUCUGAGCUGGUUUGAUCACAUUGUACCAUGUGGCAUACAAGGAAAAGGAGUCACUUCCCUUUAUCAAGAAAACAAGCAAACUAUUGACAUGCAAGAAGCAAGUGAACAUUUUAUCAACAGCUUCUCUGAAGCCUUUGACUGUGAGACUAGUCUUGAURGAAGUGAAAAACAGUUUCUUAUGCAAUCAGUUGCURAUMAAUUAAAACAAURACUCGACGGCGCUYCAAUCCGUUUUAAUUAUYUAUUUGUUUAAUUUAAYGUGAAAAAUCUGGGGUUGGGCMAGGAUACACAAGRGUGAAUUGUUUACAGUGAGUUAKUCCAWUUUCAAUCGUCAAUCGAAAAAGAACGUGUACUGAAAAUUUAUCAUAAAAUGUGCAGUUUCGUUGUUCUAACGUUUUAAAAUGUUCACUCAUUUACACUGA